GUACAUCGAACGAACGAAUUUCACAGCAAGAUAACCAAUGGCAUUCAGGUUCAUCCUUGUUCUUGGCUUUGUAGCCGUUUUUGCUGAUAGCGUCGUAACACACCAUGCACACUCUUAUCAACAUCAUCAUGGACCUGUAGAAGGACCUGCCCACGAGGUUCAAUUCGUUGACAAACAUGGUCAUCAUCACGUGGACUAUGUGGCUCAUCCUAAGUACGGAUUCGCUUAUGGCGUCGAGGAUCAUCAUACCGGUGACUUCAAAUCACAAAAGGAGCAUCGUGAUGGCAAGAACGUCGCUGGAGAGUACAGCUUGAAGGAACCUGGUGGCAACGUGCGCACUGUCAAGUAUCAUGCGGAUAAGGAUGGUUUUCACGCAAUUGUCCAUAAUUCUGCUGGCAAUGAUCAUUCUGUCCCACAUACCCAUUCUCAUUAUUGAGACUCCGAUCGAACGUAAAUUUUGUAUUUUUUACCAAACAUUUGUUUACUU